GAAAUAUGGAAUGUCAUUGUCAGCUGAAUUAAGUUCAAUUUCGUUUAUGUUAUUGAAUGUAGUUUUUUAAACCUUUGUUAGUUUUGAAAUUCUAGCACAUUCCAUAACUAAAUUGGAAAGCAUUCCAUUAUCAAAUAUAGCAAAAAGAAAAAAAGAAAAUGGUGUGCGUUCCUUGUUUUAUCAUCCCCGUUCUGUUGUUUUUAUGGCACAAAUUCAUUCAGCCAUAUGUACUACGCUUUUGGAAUCCAUGGGCUGUUAAAGAUGCGGACGGCAAUGUGAAGACGGAAUUUCCUUUUAAAUGUGAAGGUGGGGUUUGUGCUUUUAGUAAAAAACAAAUUGACAAAAACGACACUGAAAAUAUACAGAAAGAUGCUUCGGAAGUUCCACCAAAGACGGACGGAAGAAUAAAAUCGGAUUAAAUAUCUUACUAAUAGUUCCGUUAUUUAUUUCAUAACCGUAUGUGCUAUAUCUACGCAACGGUAAUAUUUUAUAAUAUAAAUCAAUUGUACCAAAAGUACUUUUAUUUCGUAAAAAAUUGUCAUUUAAAUCAAACAAGCUAUGAUGUAAAUAACCAAAAAGCUUUACGAAUGUGUAGUCAUAUACUUUGCUAAAGACAAUUGGUUCAUAAGCCAUAUUAUGUAUAAUGCACUAAUGUCAAUGAUAAAACUUUUUAAAAAAAGAGUACCUACAUAAUUAAGUCAUAUUACUAUUCUAUUGAACAAGAGUAACAGUACAGUAACAGCCUGUUAAUGUCCCACAGCUGGGCUAAGGCCUCCUCUCCCUUUUUGAGGAGAAGGAUUGCAGCUUAUUCCACCACACUGCUCCAAUGCGGGUUGGUAGAAUACACAUGUGGCAUAAUUUCAAUGAAAUUAGACACAUGCAGGUUUCCUCACGAUGUUUUCCUUCACCGUCAAGCACGAGAUGAAUUAUAAAUACAAAUUAAGCACAUGAAAAUUCAGUGGUGCUUGCCCGGGUUUGAACCCACAAUCAUCGGUUAAGAUUCACGCGUUCUAACCAUUAGGCCAUCUCGGCAUUUUUACAAGAGAACAAGAGUAGAUGUGUUUAAAAUACUAGAUAAUUUUCUGUAGCAUGUGUUUAAUAGUAUACAAUGAAUACAAAAUGUAAUUAAUUAAAGGUCAUUGAAUUUCU